UUUAUUCUCAAUACUCACCGUCCCUCCAAUGCAGAUGCCGGAAAAGUGUGCAGCUUCCAUCUCGACCUCGGUUGUUUUCCGGUCAAGCUCUUGGUUUCCGAUGCGUUUCCCGCUACUAACAGCGGCUGUUUUCCUGGGAAUGUUGUUCAUUUGGAGCAUCGAUGAACCCACUAUCAGAAACAGCAUCAGGGCGUGGCGGAACCGGCGAGACUAUUCGGCCCUCAAGCUUCGAAAUCCCGAUUAUAUGACCCACUACACCUUUCACAGCCAUGGCCAUGUUAAUCAAAAUCUUACAGAGAGUAGCUCCCAUGGCCAUGUUAAUCUAACCCACCAUAAUGGCUCCCAGUUGAGCUCCCUCUCAUCGGCCAAAAUUCUUCGAUCACAACAUGAUUCGUCUAGGAAUGCGACUCUAUCCGCCCAUAAGCAUAGCGGGAGUGGGAAACGAGCGGCGAAAAUCCCUAUUCAUGAUUGGAUUUCUGUGGAAUUGGAGCCAGAUUUCACAUCGAAUCUCAUAUCUAGAUGGUUGGCUCCGGGUGGUGAAGCCUGUCGAGAUUCUGUGACGGAGGAGAUAAGAAUCCCAGGUCUAGAUGACAGAAACCCAGUUGAAUUAUCAGCCGGAGAUAUUCACAAGUUCGUUAUCCAGGCCGUGGAUGGGAACGGAAAUCCACGCUGCUUGGGCGGUGAUUACUUUGAAACCGACCUUUCCGGUAGGUUGUGGAAAUCUCGACCGCCUAUAGAAGACCUCGGCAACGGCUCUUAUUCGCUCUCUCUUCAAGUUCAUCCCGACUUCACCGGCGAAUAUAACCUAACCGUUGUCCUCCUAUUCCGUCACUUCGAGGGUCUCAAAUUCUCGCCGGAGCGGUUCGUCUACCAGAGAGAACUGCGUCGACUUCCAAUCAGGUUCUUCAGGAGCAAUGCUAGACUACCCAAGUUACGAAUCUGUGAGAAACGUGACUUCGCCAAGGACGUCUGGGCCGGGCGUUGGGCUCGACUGGGCAAGAAGGGCGAUUGCAAGAUCAGCGACGAUGGUCGGUAUCGAUGCCUGAACUCCGAGUUCCCCUGCCAGAAGCCAUGGUGCGAGGGUGCGUUGGGUUCGCUGGAGAGCAACGGUUGGGUUUAUUCCAGCCAUUGUUCGUUUCGGAUAUUCUCUGCAGAGUUGGCUUGGGAAUGCCUGCAGAAUCGUUGGAUUUUCUUCUGGGGAGACUCGAACCAUGUGGACACGAUACGGAACCUCCUAAAUUUCGUACUGGAUUUGCCGGAAAUCAAAUCGGUGCCCAGACGAUUCGAUACGAACUUCAGCAAUCCGAGAAACAACACUCAAACGGUUCGAAUCACAAGCAUCUUCAACGGGCACUGGGACGAGACACGAAAUUACCAGGGAUUGGAUUCCCUACGGGACAAAGGGUUCCAAGAUGUAGUGAAGAACUACUUCUCCUCCGAAGAAACCGUACCGGACACGGUGAUUUUGAACUCAGGACUACACGACGGAGUCCAUUUCAAAAACAUACGGUAUUACGCGGCGGCGGCGGAGCGUGCGGCGACGUUUUGGAAAGGAGUGUUGGAAUCGGUGAGUGAAAGGGGGAAGCGCGUGCCGGAGUUGCUGUAUCGGUCGACGAUCGCAUCCGGCGGGUAUGCAAGGAAGUUGAUGUUCAAUCCAAACAAGAUGGAAGCCUUCAAUGGAGUGUUGUUGGAAAAGUUGAAGCGCGUGGGGAUCGUGUCGGGGGUGAUCGACGAUUUUGAUAUCACGUACGCGUGGCAUUACGACAACCGUUGCAACGACGGGGUGCAUUAUGGUAGGGCCCCUUUGAAGGCUAAGUGGAGGGACGGUGAGAUCGGACAUCAAUAUUUUGUUGAUCUCAUGCUUGGCCAUGUCAUACUCAACGCCCUAUGCGCAAGAUAAGCAUCACCAGUGGUAGUGGUGUAUUAUAAUGUAUAC